UCGAGUCAGUCAAGGUAGUGGAAGAAACUGACGUCGAUGAACUUUCGUGUCUGUUUUGUGAUUGUUUUCUUAUUUCAUUUAAAUUGUUAGGUGUUUUUUGUUUUCCUAUCUGUUUUUAUUCCAUUGAAGUUAUCAAAGAGAUAUUCAGUACCUGGCAUUGAAUCUGUCCAUCAGACUCAAUUGUAUACGAUACAGGUCAUGGUAGUGACGUCAGCAGGCUAGUGAGGCAGUGAUGACUGGAGAUGGACGGAGCGGUCAGUGUCAGCCAGUGGGUGAAGGGAGGAGCCAGUGACAAGUCGCAGCCGGGCAGUCGCAGCGUCGUCACCUCGGGAACUGUCACUGUCACCUCCAUCAAUGUCCAGGACUCUCAGGACGUUAUCAGUAAGUACGAGUUAGAAGAGAAGUACUCGGGAUAUCAGCAGCCAACAUGCAACGGUGUGGGACCCAGCGUGAUAUCAGGCAAGUGCAGCGUAGUGGUUGGUGGGCCAGACACGCAAGAUGACGAAGGCUCUGCGUCUGACGCCGAAGUCAGCAAGAUUGACUUUUCAGGUGUCAACAUGCGCAACAAGAAGAAGCGAGAGGGAGGAGAAGGUGAGGGUGAAGGCGUGGAACGGCCGAUGUCGUGGGAGGGAGAACUGUCCGACUCGGAAAUGCCCACAAUUAAACCGGAGCCAGAGGACAUCACGAUGGAAGGGGUGCAGCUCUCUAACAGCAGUGGUGGACAAAUCCAUGCGGACGAUGGGAAACCUAAACCUCUCAAGUUCACCAAUGAGGCCAUGAUGGACAAGGUGUUGGAACACGUCAGAGCCAACAACCUGGCGGGGCAGACAGAACUACCGUUGUUGGUCGACAGGCUGCUCAGUAGCAGUGGGUUUAGUCCGGUACUACCACAAAGACAUCUGGGCAAGAGCAACGGUGGUCCUGGUCCGACACCAAGUCCCGACUCUGCCGUGUUCUCCUGCUACUCACCCACCGCCAGCCCCGUCACGUCCCGCCACACCUUACCCUCGUCCUCGUCCGGACUCAGUUCGCCCUUCACGCCCUCCCUCAGCCGCAACAACUCGGACGCCAGCCAGUACGGCGGCUCUCAACAUUCCAGCUGCUACAGCCAAAGUUACUCGUCAGUGUCAGUGUCGCCAACCCAGUUCUCACCCACCCACUCGCCUAUACAGGGGCGCCACCUUCACAGGCCCAACACAGGGUUCCCCUCUCCUGUGCUCAACUCGCGGCCUGGCCAGGACUUCACUGUUCAAGGGGGAAUGGUGUACGGAGUGAACAGGACCAGUUUGGCUACGGUGGAGGACAGCCCGCACGAUUCCACUAGUAUAGACGCCACCGAUGAGGAGGACAGGAUGUCGGUGCUGGCAGCGGAGUUGGUACAACAGUCCGGAGGUCUGGCGGCUCCGCCCGGUAUCAGCAGACAGCAACUCAUCAACAGCCCGUGCCCGAUCUGUGGGGACAAGAUCUCUGGGUUCCACUACGGGAUAUUCUCGUGUGAGAGCUGCAAGGGAUUCUUCAAGCGUACGGUGCAGAACCGCAAGAACUACGUGUGCCUGCGCGGCUCGUCCUGCCCUGUCACCAUCGCCACGCGCAAGAAGUGUCCUGCGUGCCGCUUCGACAAGUGCCUUAACAUGGGCAUGAAACUUGAAGCUAUCAGAGAGGACAGGACGAGGGGAGGCCGUAGCACCUACCAGUGCUCCUACACCCUGCCCGCCAGCCUGGUGUCGGCCCCUGGAGCCGCUGACAGCCCCCGCCUGGACCCCACGGCGGGCGUCAAGCUGGAGGCGGGGGAACCUCCUAAUGCUAGGCUAGUGCCUCCUCUCCUCCAGGAAAUCAUGGAGGUAGAACACUUGUGGCAGUACAACGAGACUGAGCACAGUAGCAGCGGGAGCAGUGGUGGGGGGCGGGGAGCCGGUGGGGGCACCAACCACAGCGGUGGGGGCCCCGACUUUCUCUCCAACCUCUGCAACAUCGCGGACCACCGACUGUACAAGAUCGUGAAGUGGUGUAAAUCGCUUCCUCUCUUCAAGAAUAUCACGAUUGAUGACCAGAUCGCACUGUUGAUCAACGCGUGGUGCGAACUUCUGCUGUUCUCGUGCUGUUUCCGCUCCAUGAGCUCGCCCGGGGAGAUCCGAGUGUCGCUGGGCAAGUGUAUCUCCCUGAGCCAGGCAAGAGAGCUAGGACUCGGUCCUGCCAUCGAGCGCAUGCUCAACUUCACCGAGCACCUGCGGAGGCUCAGGGUCGACCGAUACGAGUACGUUGCUAUGAAGGUCAUCGUGCUUCUUACUUCUGAUGCAAGUGACCUCAGGGAGCCAGAAAAGGUGAGAGCAUCACAGGAGAAGGCCUUGCAAGCCCUCCAACACUACACUCUGGCCCACUACCCUGACAUUCCCUCCAAGUUUGGCGAACUGUUGCUGCGGAUACCUGACCUGCAGCGGACGUGUCAGGUGGGCAAGGAGAUGCUGUCCAUCAAGAACAAGGAAGGGGAAGGCCCCAGCUUCAACCUGCUGAUGGAGCUGCUGCGCGGGGACCACUGAUACCAACUGCCACUAGUGCCUUACUCAGCGGGCAAGACCACACCAUGGCAACUUCUGGCCUACAUCGACCAGAUAGUAUUCUUAUUUUGUAUCAAAAAUAUUAUAAACAUGGUUCUGUUUUGUGGCAGAUUCCAUCUUUUGUAAAUAUAAAGUAUGUAAGAUGUAGGAGGGUUUGUGAAACCCGUUUUAGUAUUAUAUCAUGUGAGAAUGUACGGUUGAUCUUUUGUUACAAAAGUGUUUGAAUAGAUAAAUUAACUGUAAUUAAAUUUUUAUAUAUUUUAUGUAAAAAUAAGAACUGUUAUUUGGCGAAGAGACUCGUCUCGGAAUUGUGUUCGCCAAUUCUUAGUGUGGCCGCUUUCAAAAAGCAGCUUUUUAUACUUUUUAAAGUUUUUUUAGAAAAUAUAAAAUAAUAUAAAUAAAUAUAUCGCUUUACGUUGAGAGUGUCCGAGUUGACAAUAAACUUGUACAGUGUUUCUUCUCCAGUAUUCUCGUCUAAGUCUUGUCUACUGCUUUACCGUUCUUAGGGUGUUUGCUGACUGAGUUGUGUUUCCUAUUGGUUCUCAGCACUAAUCUAUUCAUAACAAUACAAUAUCGUGUGAUGAAACAUUUUGCUUAUCAAACUGCCACGAGAGGUUGUAACAUUAGCUUUAUUUAAACUGGACUAAAAAAAUAAAAAUGAUCUAAACCCUCGAGAGCUGAGAACGAGUAGGAAUCAUUUUAUUGUUUAAUUCAGCAGCCUGUAAAACCCCCUGUUAUAAGCCAUAUAGAGGAUAUUAUUUUAAAAAUAUAUAUCUUGUAUUUUUUGCCAAUCAAAUUGUUUUUACUAAAAUUUAUUUAGAUUUAAUUUGUUGUUUGAUUUUUAUUGUAAAUCAUUAUUAUCGAUAAGUUAUGUAAAAAUUCCAAAAGAUGUAAUUUAAAAAUUGUUGAAAUGUUAUUAGAUGCGUUAUUUUCAGUUCUAUUUGUAAAAUUGUGUAUACUGGUGAUGGCCAUACGUUUACGUUUACUUGUAGUGUGGUGGACACCGACUCCCGAGGGGUCCAGCUUUAUUGUAAACUCUUAUCGUUGUAAUCUGUUGUUUGUGAUGGCCGUGACUCGUGCCACCAGGAUCGUAAAGCCAUGUUGAGUUCCUCAGUGUUAAAUUUACCCACCAUUACGUGAAGAUUAUAACACAUUUUCAGUUUUCCGUUACUUUCUUGUGUCUGAAAAUUGUCUUGAUAAUAUUUGUCCUCUUUGCUUCAAGUUAUCGGUAGCAAUAUCUUCAGACUGCUAACUUUUUAUCGUAGUUUCUCCUCCGCACAGAUAAUGGCUGAACCCCCUCGUGUGUUGUGAGGGUCACAGGUUCGAGUCUGUCAUUAAUGUCAAUUAAACUUGAUUUUCUUUUUAAAAAUUCGGUGGUCAAGUACUUUUAUUUUUCGUUACGUUGCUCAAAUUGUUUUCUGCAAUGACAAUUGUUACCUUUACAAUCUAUCCAUACACAAAAUACCAAAUAAAAAUCUAAUGCCUUCAAACUAUUGAAAUAGCUUUGCAGAAUUUCAAAGAAGGUUCGAAACUAUCCAGACAAUCAUUUGUUUAACUCGUUUCAAAAACUCGCUCCCACAUCAAAAGUGUCUCAAAAAUUGAUUUUUUGGAAAAACGUUGACAAGAACUCAGCUGGCUCAGUUCUUACUUUCAACCAAACAGAACAUAUCAGGCUUACGUGUUUGUUGCGAGAUUUUUACCUUAUUUUUUUCUUAAUUCCACUUUUUCAAGAGUGUUGUAGGUCUACAACUAGUUGAGCUUUCUCUAUGUAUCCAGCAGAUCGUAAUAAUGAUUGGAGUUAUGCCCCAACCGGAUGCCAUUUAUUAAUGUACUGUACUUAAGAAAAUAUAAAAAGUGUCAGAAAAUAAUUAUAAAAAAUAUUUGUUGAGGUUAAGUUUUGUCUGGCUGGCUUGCACAAUUUCAUAAUGUUCGUAUUAUAAUAUUAUAGUUUAAUUAUAAACACUUGUUUUACUAAAAACUGCAAGAUUUUUAAAAUUCUCUAUGUACUGAUGUAGUGUGUUAAGUAAGCAAAUGUGUUUUAAAACGUACAAUUAGUUUCUGGUUAUUUUAUUCAUUAAUUUAUUUAUACUUUUUAAUGUCUCCCUUAUUGAGAACUGAAGAAAACAGUUUGGAUUUUGUGUAAAAAAUACUUAGAAUGCAGAAUUUUGUUUUUUGUGUGAUAUUAAUAAAACAUAAUUUACCUUUUGUGUGUAAUUAAUUCAGCUUUAUAUAUUUUACAUAAUUUGUGAUAUUAUAAAUGAAAUUAUAAAAUUUAUAUACUUAUAUUAUAUUUAUAAACAAAAUUAUUUUCUUCUGUAUACAUAAUAAUGGAGUAAUAUACAAUAUAAGUUAUGUAUUUUUAUAAUUUCUGUAGCUACACAAAUUGCUUGUUUGGACUUUAUGUAAAACUAGUGUUACACUGAACAAUACUGGUAUUUUUUUAGAUGUGUUCUUAAUUUUUUUAUGAUAAUGCUCUGAUUGUAACGUAAUUUAAAAAAAUUAGUGUUACAAAAGUAAUAAUAUUAUAUUAAAAUUACGUGAUAUGAUUAUAUUUUUAUCGUUAAUUUUUUGGUUGUUUUGCAUCUGUUACAUAGCAUCUUUUUAUUUGAUACUUUGUUUUAUAAUAAUUCUUUGAUCGUAACGUAACUUUGAAAAAUUUGUUUUACAAAAUUAAUGAUAACGUUACGUUAUUUAUUAAAGUUAGGUUUUUUAAUGAUUAUAUUUUUACCGUUAAUUUGUUGUUGUUUGCGUCUGUGACCGCGUGUAUGAGGCAGUGAGUCUAAGCCAGCCAGACGCCAACCGUCGGUUGCUCAAUGUACUUACACAGAACUCCAGUAGUAUUACGAAACCACUGCCAGUAUUAACGAGGCGGUCGACUGCCAUUGUUUCAGUCUUCCACCACUGACACCUCUGCCCUCAAUAAACAUUUUAUAAUUCUUCAGUAAAA